GUCCAGUGAGCAGAUAAUCGAAAGUACAGAAGCAGUACACAGAGAGAGGGAGGGCUGGCUCAGUAGCACUAGCAUCGCAUAGUGUCUUCGGCAAAACAACAGACAGAGACGAUGAAACCUAUGAAAGAUUAGCAGAGAACCCUAGCAGUGACUUCAUAUUAGCAUUUCGUCGAGUGCUGCUUCGAGGUGAUUUGCUAUGAUACUAAAUGGAUGCACAAUGCCCGCUGGGCGUGAUGUUAUGAUUUCCAGGGCGUGUAUGCCCACCAUAGCCCAUGGAUCAUUUUCCACCUGCAUUCCCUCUUUCCCUGCCAAGGCCGCAUUGUCACACAUGAGUUCAAAGGGAUCUCAUAGUGAGGGGAAGCCACUCUUGCACUUUUCAGCUGCUUCAACCCCACUUUUAAGUGGGGAUCAAGGUAGCCUUUUGCGCACAAUUCCCUUGUUACCAAGGCGUCAUAGAUCUCAUAUGACUCCUCGAGCAUCCAAGGAUGUUCCAUACAGUUACCGCUUCCCUCCGAUGACCAAGAAGCCAAAAUGGUGGUGGAGGGCAUUGGCAUGCCUCCCCUAUUUAAUGCCUCUUCAUGAGACAUGGAUGUAUGCUGAGACAGCAUAUCACCUGCACCCUUUCUUAGAAGACUUCGAAUUCUUAACAUACCCAUUUCUUGGAGCCAUUGGGCGGUUGCCAAGCUGGUUCUUGAUGGCAUAUUUUUUUGUAGCAUAUCUUGGAGUGGUGAGAAGAAAGGAAUGGCCUCACUUCUUCCGAUUUCAUGUGGUAAUGGGUAUGUUGUUGGAGAUUGCCUUGCAAGUAAUAGGAACUGUGAGUCGUUGGAUGCCACUUGCUGUCUACUGGGGUAAAGUGGGGAUGCACUUCUGGACUGCUGUGGCAUUUGCUUACCUUUUCACAGUCUUGGAAUGUAUACGAUGUGCUCUUGCUGGUAUGUAUGCUGACAUCCCUUUUGUAUGUGAUGCUGCAUAUAUUCAAAUUCCAUAUGAUUAAGGAUGGAAAACGUGAGAUAGAAUCCAGUUGCCUUUCCAUUUUGUUGGCUUGUUGAAUGACAGUCUUAUGGAGCUGAACUAUUAUUUGGUUGUUGUUAGUGGUUGUGUUGUGUAAUUUUUUCUCUUUUUGUUAUCGGAUGAUUUAUAAUUGGGCUGUGGCAGGAUCCUCUUUUUCAUUGUCCAUUACCCUUGUCACUUAUCGAAAGAAAUUGUUAGUUA